GUGCUCGACGGACGAGGACAGCAGCAGAUCACGAGCCCACCACCGCCACCACCAGCAGGGCAGCCACACGCUCUUUCCACCACCCCCACUUCUGUAAUAUUGUUCUCCCCGUCACAUUACGCAGCGAAAGUUUUCGAGCCGUUCUUUCUGCGGAGCGUGCUGUGGCAGAAUGUUUCUGUGUCACCGGCGGAGAAAACCAUGAGGAGGUUCUGGAUCGGCGCACCACAUCCACAAGAGGAAUCUGCCACUGGCGCCGGGGUCCCAGCCGCGCCUGGCCUCGCAGCGGCUUCUAAUGAUCCUGUCGUGCUGACAGGCAAGCUGAACUUGGUCUACAUCACCGUUCGGACGUGGCUUUCGCAGUACGGCCUACUGCGCUUCUUUCAGCAAAACAAC